CAAAGCUAAUGGACUACUUUGGAUGCCUCCAAACAUUCAGCAAUUAUCUUGCCUCUGUUUCUUGGUGACACAUAUCUGUAUCUGACUUGGUUCUUCAGCUUCAGUCACUCUUUUCAUUUCUUAAUGCAUACCUGUCUGAGGUAUAAGUACAGAAAGAUGUAAUUUCCACUUAAUUACUAUUAACAUUAUUUUAUUCAGAAUGCCUACUAAAGCUUAUACCAGAGUAGUUCCCCUUUCAGUGCAAUGUCUUUUCUGCUGCCUCAUUAGUCCCUUGGUUCACUUUACAACACUGGUGCUAAUGUCUGUCUUAUCUAACUCUCUUAAUAAUUCCCGUUGUGCCAGAACAACAAAUAUUUCUUAGAAGCCAUUUGAGUUCUGCGUGUCACACACAAGUCACCGAAGGAGCGUGCGCAUGCUAAGUAUGCUCACAAUUUUAAGUGCAAUUUGAUGCAUUAACACCCUGCUAAAUGAAAAGAGAAUUAGAGCCGAAGCAAAACAAACAGAUCCUGUGCUUAAUUUGACAAUUAAGGUUUUGUUUGGAGCAGGCAGGAUUUCUACUAAGAACCCUUGCAGUAGGACGCAGUCCCUUUAUAAAGGCCAGGGAUAACUAACUCCACUGAGGCGCAGUGGGGAAGCUGUUUAUGUUAACAUUGGCAGGCAGUGUGCCGGGGAGCCAUGCUGGAUUCCAGCUGUAUAUGUGGAAAUUUUAUGGGGACGGGUGUGAAUCUGUGAGACUGCUUGUGCACAGAAGCUGUUGGACGUGGUGUCUCAUCCUCAGCUGACCUCUGAAUCUGUGCUGUAACACACGCAGGUGGGGAGCACACAGCUAACCGGGCUCCUCAGGGGACACCUGGCCUGAUCUAUCCAGAUGCAGUCUUACAGACAACAGGCUUUCCAGAAACAGCCAUAAAGAGCCUCACAACCACGGAGAAACGUGGUGGCAGAGCAGCAGGGCAGGCCUGUACUGCUGCACUCAGGUGAAGCGCAGCACCUGCUCGAGAGGGAGAACCGAGCCGAUGGAUCCUACAGCUCCAGCCCUGUACUGUCCUGAAGCUGUCCAAAUCUGGGAAGGAUUUGGACUGCUCUCUUUGACAGUUUGGAGCUGUUUCACACACUUCCACAUCCCCCUCCCUCUGGGGCGGGCAGCAGCACACCUGCCGCCGGGGUGGCCUUCCCAGCACAGAGCAGCGACUCCGUCCCCGUGCAUCUGAGGACGCCGAGGAGCGACGCCGGCCUUCCCACGCGUCGCCGCGCUGCCCCACGCCGCCAUCCCCCGCGCUCCACCCAGCGGGGCCAGGGCGGGCGGGGCGAGGGAGCGCAGCUCUCCCCGCCCCCGGCGCUCGGGACCGCGCUGCUCCUCUCUGCGGGGAAGGGCAUGGAGUUGGCGGGAGCGUAUAAAAAGCCGCCGUGAUGCGAAGCCGCCGUCCCUCCGGAGUUGCCGAGGGGCGCCGAGGGGGCAGAGUGACGCCAUGAUCAAUCCCAACUAUUACCCGUGGGGCUACGACGGCGACAACGGACCAGAUCAAUGGCACAAAAAUUACCCUACUGCCAAAGGACGCCAUCAGUCCCCCAUUGAGAUCAAUAACAAAGAAGUGCACUAUGACCGCUCCCUGCUGCCCUGGUUUGCUAGUUAUGAUCCUGGUGCAGCGAAGACCAUCCUCAAUAAUGGGAAAACCUGCAGAGUUGUGUUUGAUGAUUCUUUUGAUAGAUCAGUGUUGAGAGGUGGGCCACUUCAGGGGGUCUACCGGCUGCGUCAGCUUCACUUUCACUGGGGUUCAUCUGAUGACCAUGGCUCUGAGCAUGUUGUGAAUGGAGUGAGAUAUGCAGGAGAGCUACAUUUAUUACACUGGAAUCCAAAAUACAGUAAUUACCUUGAUGCUGUAAGAAGAACAGAUGGUAUAGCUGUUUUGGCUAUUUUUUUGCAAGUAGGGAAAACACCCAAACCAGAGAUGAAAAGAAUUCUUGAAGAAAUAAAUGCUAUCAAAACAAAGGGGAAAGAAGCUCCUUUUCCAAACUUUGAUCCUUCAAUUCUUUUCCCUAAAUCUCAUGACUAUUGGACAUACCAUGGUUCUUUUACUACUCCACCUUGUGAAGAGUGCAUCACUUGGAUUGUUCUUCGAGAGCCUAUCAUAGUCAGCUCAGACCAGAUGGCAAAGCUCCGUAGCUUAUCAAAGAAUGCUGAGAAUGAACCUGAUCUUCCCCUGGUCGAUAACUGGCGCCCAACUCAGCCUCGGUAUUUCAGGAUGGUGAGCGCAUCAUUCCUUUAGGACCUGGCUCAGGUUUGUUGCCCUUCAGUGAGGUGAUCUCUAGAACUAGGAAAUGGUCUUGCUUUGGAUCCUCUGUUUUAUUUACACAGGACUCCAGCUGUAGGUUUGGAAGGUGGAACUUGGAGAUGUGAAAUGGGAAUUUCACUUUCAAGGAUAAAAGUUACGUUUGAAAAUCUUAUUAUUAAAAUGGAAAUAAAAAAUCUGUUUGGCUCUUCAUAACUGUUUUAGCAUUAGCUUUUGUUAUUAGUAUGAAGGAAGAAAGAAGACGUUACUAAUGAGUAUAAAAGAAUUCCCUAUUACCCGUGUCUCUUGGUGCUUGCCUUAUUACAAACAAGAGAUUGCAGUUAAGAGAAGUAAUUGUUUUCAAAAUAAAACCAUAUUUUUCAGUAAUUGUUUUCAAAUUAAGCGUGUUCUGCUCUGAGCUGCACCAGUUAUGCACAUUAAUAAAUGAGAGCACAGUUGAUAUUUGAUAUUCAUAUAAAAUAGGUAAGGAUAGCAAAUUGCUUCUUUACCACUGAUUUCAAAAUCAGCUUUCAACUUGAUAAAACAAAGAACAGGUAUAACAAAGGUCUAUUCUGAAAACUGUAUUCACUAAAGCAUACUUAGAUAAAACUAUGGAAUUGAGGAAGAGCUAUUUCUAUUUGUGUCAAAACUGGUUGUCCAUAUUAAAAAACUCAUUUGUUUUUCAAUGUUAUAGCAAUCAAAGUGACAUGGAUUUUGAGAACUUCAUCUUAAUAUCCUAAAUAUAUAUAUUUUCUCCAUGUAUGCUAAUAGCUUUUCUCUGUUAAUAGAUUGUUAAGAUAGCAAAAGUUCUUAAUUUUUAGUGCUUUUUUGAGGCAUAUUUUUUGUUCAUGUGCAAAUAUAAUUGAUUCUGCUAUUAAUGAGAUUUGUGCAUAAAUAUCUGAAUCCAGAGUUUGACUCUUCUGAUCAAAAGGCAAUAGACCAAGGUGUUCUUUCUCUUUUGUUUUGGCAUCACGAACAAUGGAGCAGAAUUGUAAGCCUAUAGUUGAAAUAACAGUAUCUCUGCAUUUAAAAAUCCAAUGUUAAUAAAUACAUGUACU